GCUUUGUGAUGGUGCUGCGUGUGCGAAAUCAUAAGACGAGCACACCCAAGUUUAUACUCCCUCCCAUUUAGAAUACAAAACCCUAAUUCCCGCCAAAGCAUUUGGCGCCAGAUCUCUAACCUAUUCCUCUCUCUCUCUCUCUCAAGCCCCUCUACUAAUCUACAUCUCACCAUCUCUCACUACCCACUCCUCCUUCGCUCGCUUGCUCGUUCGUGGUGGAACAGAGGAUUCAAUCUGAGGUCGUGGACUUGGAUUUUUUGGGUGGGUUGGACUUGGAUAUUUGACUUGGUGCUACAGUUUAGAAUUGAAGUUGAUUUCUACUGCAGAGUGAGCAUUUUUUGGUGCUGCUUUAUAUCCAUGAAAUAGGCAGGGGAACGCAAGUUUAUUUUCAACGAUGAAGCUAAGGAGUUGCACUCAUUUGCAUUUUAUCAAAGCUAUAAAGGCUGGUUUGGUUAAAAGUAUCUGUAAUGUAAAUUCUCAUGGAAGGCCAGCUCUUGUGUUCAAGACGUUGAAGGAUAUAUAUGAGAGUGGAGAUGCCAAAAAACUCAACAGUUUUUCAACUCUUCAAUCACAAGAUACUGCAGAUAUGGUGUUUGAGUGUGACACAGCCAAAACCGAAAGCCCAUGUCUGGUUGUGGUGGAAAGGAAAACAAAGAAAAGAGACAUUAACUCUGAUGAAUUUAAUUACAAUUCUGAUGAUGAUGGAGAAGACAGUGUUUCAGAUGAUCUUCUCUUUGUGAAAAUGACAUUGCAACAGCUCAAGGAGCAGUGCAAAACUAAGAAAAGGAAAGUUUUGCAUUCUACUUGUUUGACUCGGAACCAAUAUUAUACUGAUUGGCAACCAGAAGAAGACGAAUGUGAUCUUGAGGAACCUAUCAGUAUUUGGAAAUCAAAGCUUCCAAAUAAUUUGAAGGGUAAAAGGAAGCGUGCCAAAAAAUGUGCUUCAUCUUCUCAAACUGCGGUUUCAGUCAAAUCUGAUCAGUUUCUGAGUGCUGAAGAUUCCCUGCAAUCUAGUGGGUAUUCUUCUUCACCUAUUCACAUUAAAGCUGAGGUUUCUGAAACAGAUUACACAGAAUGCAGAAAUAUGAUUUGUGUUGCUGAUGAUCUUUCUAUUGGUUGUAGUGAGCUGGUGGGGUUAUCUGGAAAGGUAUCUGGUGAAAUUAGCGAUGCUGUUAGAAUUGUGUCUGAGUCUGGGAAACAAAUAUCCUUAGCAGAAGAGUGCCAAAGUUGUGUUGUUAAUGAAGUUUCCUGUGAUUUUUUGGAUCCUAUUGAACCUACCUUUGUUCUUCCUUCAAUUGGUGGAGAGACCAUGGAGGUGGAUAACCUCGAAAAGUCCUUUCAACUGUCUCCAGUUUUGCCCACAUCAGAAGAUAAGGAAGGAUAUAUUGAGCAUCCACAUCUUGAAGAAAGUUCUCCAGAAACAAUCUUUCCUGUCAUGGAUCAAAGUUCAGAUAUGAGUAAUAACUCCCCAAAUUGUUCCUCUGUGCAUGAGAUAUCAAGGCAGACAAGUGGUAUCUCUGGAGUUCAAGUGCCUGAAAUGGCAAUGGAUAACAGCCUAUUUCGCAUGGAACUAUAUAGUGCAGGUGAUCCAUGCAAGUUUGAGAAUGACAUUAAUGAAAAUUUUCCUCUAAAUCUCGUAAAUGAUUCUCAAAGUAGCCCCUUGAGUAAUUGUAGUUCAUCUUGGAAUUCGAAUCCUUGUUUAAGUCCUGAAAUUGUUUUGGUUUCUGUGGAGGAUGAUCUACCUGCAACUGAGAAGCCACCUGUAACUUCUGUCAGUACUGAUGCAGUGAGAAGCUGUCUGAAUCCUGAUGAAAUUCCAGUUGCUUUUGAGGGUGGUUCAACUAUAAUUGAGGAGAAGCAGCCUCCAAGAUCUGCCCCAGACGAUGCAGAAAGCAAUUCAACCAAUAGAAACCAUCAUUUUGAUGGUGCCCAUGAGCUCUCAGUGACAGAGAUGAAGAACUAUCAUCAUUUGGAGAAGAUGCAUCCUCCUGAGAGGCUCCUCUCAACUAGAAAGGCCAUUUCACCAACUUCUCAGGAAAAGCUAUGUCAGGCUAUGAAAGGUGUGGAGUUACAUGAAGAUUUGGAUCAUUACAAGUGCAAGGAGAAACUCCAGCUUGGUAAAGAAGCUGAAAAUAAUGCUUCACCAGUAGGACUACAUGCUGAGGGUGCCAAAGUAAAUGUGAAUCUUGAAGGGCUGGGGGAUGUCAGUAGAGCCAAGGGCACUACAAGCCCCCAGAAGAUCACUAAGAAACUGAAGAAUGAUAGAAAAGGUUCUCCACCUAAUGGCAUUCGGAAGGGUCCCCAUCUUUCUCGUUCCCCACCUCAUGUUAGCACUAGGGCAACAUCAAUCCAAAAUUGUUCUGAGAGUGCCAUUGCAUUCUCAGAACGGCAGAUGCAUGGUAUUGAACGUCUCGCAAUGAAGCUAAUGCAGGAGCUGAAUUCCAUGAAGGACAUUGUAGAAGGAAAUCUGCACUCUGAAGCGUCUCCUACUACAUUGUUGAAAUAUGAUGUGGAUCAGGUGAAAACGGCCAUCAAGAGUGCAACAAAAGUUGAAGAAACAACAAAGAAGUGGCUAUCCAUGAUGGCGAGGGACUGCAACCGUUUUUGUAAACUCGUGAGAUUGAAUGAGAAGGAUGAUAUUGCUCCGGGGAAUGGAAUCCACAAGGAGAGAAGGAAAAUCACUUUUGCUGAUGAAGCAGGUGGGGUGCUCUGUCACGUCAAAUUUUUUGAGGAUAGUGUGGCUUCUCCAGAUUCUAAAAGUUAAAAUAGGAAAUAAAGCCUAAAACCUGAGGCAGUUACUCCGUGUACAUUAACAUCCUUAGUUAUUAAAAGCUGUUUUGAUGCUCAAACAUUCAACUAGAAAAACCUUCGAUGCUUGCAGAGGUCUCGCUUCACAUAAAGACUUCUGGUAGCUAUGAUGUAAUUUGGGUACAUUAAAUUAACCAUCUUUGUCUGAGUCAAUCUUUUUUCUUGUUAGUGUCUCAAUUGAUUCGGCUUGGUGCUGUGUUGUAUGCAUGAGAAAUUAGAUCAUUAAAUGAAAGGUUUCUUUUGUAAAA